AGUGCAGCGAAUGUGGAAAGUUCUUUCGGUACAGCUUCACCCUCAAGAGGCCAGAGAGCCCACGCUGGAGAAAGGCCUUACGCGUGCAGCGCGUGUGGGAAGUGCUUCACAGACAGCGCGAUGCUCGUCGUCCACCAGAGGGUCCACACGAGGGGCAGGCGCUUUGAGUGCAGCGCCUGUGGGACGUUCUUUCGGUACAGCUCCACCCUGGAGAGGCACCGCAGGGCGCACACCGGGGCGAGGCCCUACGAGUGCGGCGAAUGCGGGAAAUUCUUUAGGCACAACUCCAAUUACAUCAGACACCGGAGGAAUCACACGGGACAGAGGCCUUAUCGGUGCGGCGCCUGCGGGCGGCUCUUCAGCCAGAACGCCCGCCUCCUUCGGCAUCAGACUGUCCACACCAGGGAGAAGACGUACGCGUGCAGCGAGUGCGGGAAGCGCUUCACGGACAGCUGCACGCUCGGCAUUCACCAGAGAGUGCACACCGGGGAGCGGCCUUACGGGUGCGGGAAGCUCUUCAGGUACAACUCCAGCCUCAUCAAGCAUCGGAGGGUUCACACCGGGGAGAAGCCGUACAAGUGUGUCAGCUGUGGGAGAGGCUUCAGCCAGCACUCCCACCUCCUCCGUCACCGGGAGGUCCACAGCAAGGAGUACUGGAAAGGGGGCGCCGCCGCUGAGAAAAGUCUGCCCUGAUUCCGUGCGGGCAGGGCGCGCGGUGCGGCCUUGUGUGUGCGUCCCGGCUGCGCGUGCGCCACGCGGGGCUGCCCGUGCUGACCGCACCUGGGUAGUCACGCGCGGGCUCGCUGUUUGCACAGAGACCCGGAGUCUUCACCUCCCAGAACUGAAACUGCCCAUUGAACUGUUCACUCCCUCAUGCCCUGCCCACCACCGUUCUGCGUUCCGUCUAGGAACGUGACCCCCCUGGGCACCUCAUGUAAGAAAACCAGAGCGCGCACCUGCCUGCUCGCUUUCCCCCGCUCUGACGUGGUCCAGCUGCGCGCAUGUCGGCGCUCGGGUCAGAUGGGUGAGCAGCCUGCAUGGGUGAGCAGCGCGCCCUCGGGCCGCGCCCUUCCUCCAGCGCUGGGCGCUCACGGCGUCUACCUCUCACUGUGUCCAGCUCUCGCUGUGUCCAGCUCUCGCGGCGUCCAGCUCUCGCGGCGUGAUGGACACCGGCAGGAGCGUGACUGCGCGAAGUUCCUUCAGGCUCUGCUUCCACUGCUGUGAACACUCUCCCAAGGGGCUUGAGGUGUCACGGCAUUGCUUUUACUGGCAUUUUGCUAAGGACUAACGACGCUGCCCGUCUCUCCGUCUGCCGGUUUGUUGGCUCUUGGGAGUCCGGACAGCUGUGUGCGUGACUCGCUGUCCCUGGAGAAGCAUCUCCGGCUUUCACGCGCCACGUCUUUCCUCCCAGCGGGGCCGAGUUCUUGACCUGCAUGAAGCCUCCUGCUUACAGCGUGCGACGGGACGCGUUGUGCCGUGUGACUCCAGGGUGACGGCAUCGCCCAGUCUGUGCUCACCAGCACAUGUCCCCCUCGUUUCCCUUACCCCUUUUCCUUCCCUCCCCGCCGCACCCACCUUGCCUUCCUGCCAAACCUCCGGCGUGUGUCUUCAUCAAUUACUUUGCGUUUUCUAGAAUUUGAUGUACCUGGGCCCCACGCUGUAGACUUCUGGCUGCUUUCCUCAAGCAUAAGAUGCCAGACUUACAGCUAAUAGUUUCUAGGUCACGGGGUACAUGCUUAGUAACGUAAGGGGAAAUACGGGCUGGGACGUCAUUGGUUUAUGUGAAAGAAAUGACACGCGUCCCAGUCAUGUUUUCUGAUGAUUGGUCGUUGCCUGAUGAUGCAUCAUUUUGAAUGAUUGCUUGUGAAAUUCCCUGCAGUCAGUCUUCCUUCGAUUACCAUCGUAACUUCCGCAGUAGCGCCGUCUCAUUUCAUCCUUUGUCCGUUGCACAGUCAUUAACGGGACCGGACUCCACAGCAGUGACAGGAACUAG